UCCUCCUCUUCCUUAAAUAAAAAGUCUUGCUUCACUGCGCUUUUUGUACAGCCCCCGCACCUCCCUCCUUAAGAUCCUUUCUCUCCAUCUACCUUCGCCGCUUCCGCAGAGAUGGAUCGCGAAGAAGUGAUCGAGUUUCUUGGGCAAGUACCGUUACUCCAGCGCCUCCCGAGUUCGUCUCUACGGAAGAUCGCGGAGCUCGUCGAAGUGAGGCGAUACGAAACCGGUGAGUAUGUUGCUCGUGAAGGUGAACCUGUGGAUGGCCUUUACUUUAUAUGGGAGGGUAAGGCUGAGGUUUCUGGUUCUACUAACGCGGAAGAAGGAAACCGUCCAGAACUUUUCUUGAAACAGUAUGACUAUUUUGGUUAUGGGGCUACUGGUUCUGUUCAUCAAGUCAAUGUAGUUGCAUUAUCCAAGCUGACAUGCUUAGUACUGCCUGAUCGAUAUAGACAUUUACUGCAGCCAAAGUCUAUAUGGAAUGCAGAUGAGACGCCUGAAAAUUUCUCGCUUGUGGAGCAUAUAUUGCACCUAGAGCCAUUAGAAGUAAGUACAAUUUCGUGGAUUACUUUGCCAGAUGCUCCAAUUUUAACAAGUUUUUGAGGACAAUUGAUUGGACAGGCAUUAGCAGCAGCGUCUAAGACAGUGGAUUGCCUUAAACUGGCCCAUAGCUUGCAUGUGGUUUUUCUUGUUGCAGGUGACAAUAAUUUGCCAAUAAUAUAUCAAGUUCAUCGUGCACGUGAUGGAAACAGCUUUGCCACCAGAAGAGUAGAUGCAAAGCAGCAUGGCGCUGUCAUUUUCUCUUUGCUAGCUUCCUUUCAGAAGGAUGAACUAGGGUUUGAACAUCAAAGUGUUUCAAUGCCUCAUGUUCCUGACCCUGAGAUACUCCCAUCCAUGGAAGAGUUGCGAGAGAGGCGUCUUACUGAUCCUCGCCUUCCCAUGCACUAUAGAAACACCGUUGCAAGAAAAAAAUUUGUUCCCUGGCCCAUAGAAAUAAGGUUUUGUGAAGUAAGCAACUCUUCACAACAAGCUAAACCUAGUUUAAAUUAUUGGUUUAGAGCUAGGGGAAGACUUUCAGAUGAUCCAGCUCUACAUAGGUGUGUUGUAGCGUAUGCUUCAGAUCUUAUAUUUUCUGGUGUUAGUUUAAAUCCCCACAAGCAGAAGGGUAUGAAGACAUUGUCACUUAGUCUGGAUCACUCGAUGUGGUUUCACAGACUUGUGAAAGCUGACGAUUGGUUGUUAUACGUAAUAGAAAGCCCAGUGGCCUCUGGCGGCCGUGGGUUCUGUACCGGUCGCAUGUUCAACAGGAAGGGGGAGCUUAUUAUGUCAUUGACGCAAGAAGCUCUAAUUAGGAAGGCAAAGCCGCCACAGCAACUCCCAAAACCAAAGCUAUAAGUGCUCUCAAUGGUUUAAUUUCCAUUUUUACCACCUAAUUAUGUGGCCUCUAUUUAUAAGAACCAUGGUAUUCUGUGCUCUCUGCAAUUUCUACCUUUAAGGUGUAUAUUUGGUGAUGGAUAAAAUCUAUAUCAAACGCUCGCUUGCAAUUUGAUAUGAUAAUAAAUAGAAAAAAAGCUACUUGCUGUGGUUGAAGUAGAUUAGUAUCAACAGUUCGAAUGCUACAGGAGGUUUAUAAAUGGAAAUCUUGAGAAAUGUUUAUCUUUAGUUUAGUGUUUUGGAUGGUUGGGAUAAUGCCGUGUAUCUUAAGCGACAGGCUUCCCACUGCUGAAAGUCACUUUCAGUUAUCAAGUUGUUAACCUUCUGUAGUCCUUGCAAUCUUCAAGAGGUUUUUUUUGAGUA